AUGAGAAAGAUUAUUGACCCUAUUUGUCGUGGCUUAGAAGAAAAAUUUAAUAAAAAAUUUGUAUUGAACAGCAAUAACUGUAAAAGUGUCUUGAAAUUAGUUGCUGGCAACAUUAAAGAACAUAUUAAAAAAGAGCUCAAGCAACGAUUGAUUUCCUUAAAAAUUGACAGUGCCACAAGAUUGUCUCGCAAUAUAUUUGCUGUUAGUGCACAAUUUAUAAAAAACAACGAAAUUAUAUCAACCAUUUUAGGAAUGGUGGAACUGAAAGGAGUGGCAUCAAGUUCAUCUCGUAAUUUGUCGACGGAAAUUGUGAACUUAUUGAGCAAAUACAAUGUAAAUCUCAAUCAAGUUGUAUCAAUUACAUCAGAUAAUGGUGCAAACAUGAUCAAAACGACAAAGAUUUUAUCGCACUGUAGCAUCGCCAACGAGCUGUACGAAGAAGUCGAGGCUGAGGAAGCAAAUGAUGUAUAUUUAAAAAAUAUCGAACUUUUCGAAGAUACAAUUGACAUUCAGUUGGGCGACAUUCAAAUUUGCCGUUGUGCUGCUCACACUGCUCAGCUCUGUGCACUGGAUGCUACUAAGGACUUGAACAUUAGAACUUAUUUGAUGAAUUGCAGAAACUUAGUCAAGUUCAUCAAAAAAAAUUCUAACGGCUAUCGUGAAAUUUUUGAACUAAAAAAGUUGACUCUACCACAACUCGAUUGUCCUACACGGUGGGGAUCGACAUAUAAUAUGGUAGAAAAAGUUUAUGCAGCCAAGGAAGUUUUGGACAACGUAGAGUCUGUACAAAAUAAAUCUUUAGAUGAGAAUUUUGAAAUAUGCGAUGAAUUUUGGGAGUUUGUGAAGAGUUAUUCUACUGUGUUUGAACCAUUACAACGAACAAUCAUAAAAUUUCAAGAAGAACAUCUGCAUUAUGGAAAUUUUUUUGCACAGUGGAUGAAGUGCAAUCUUAUAACCAAAAAAAUUGUAAAUGAUUUUGAUGAUAAAAGUUCUCUUGUAAAUAAAAUUGGAACGAAUUUGUUGCAUAAUAUAGAAGUGAGAACUGUAAAACUUCUAACAAACAAAAGCUUAAACGCAUGUUUGUAUUUGGACCCACGCUUUAGCCAUACAUUGACUGUAGAGCAAAAAAACGAAGCUGUUCUGUUUUUAAAACGACUAUAUAAUAGACUGACAGCACUGAACUCAGGUUUCCUGAUUGAUAAGAAGAAUUCAGCCACAAAUUGCACACAAAUGGAAGAUACUCUCGAAUAUGAGGAUAGGUACCUUAAUGAUUAUCUUUCUAACCACUUCGAAGCUCAAAGUAAUAACAACAUGGACGUCUACACCAAAAUUGAAAUUUUGAAGUUACCUUUUCAACGUGUUGAUAUAAAUGUAUUGGACUUUUGGAAAGAAAGACAGUUUGCUGAUCCAGAAUUACAUGCGCUUGCGAAUAUAUGUUUUGCAAUUCCACCAACUCAGGUUACCAUCGAGCGUGCUUUUUCGUCACUAAAAUUGAUAUUAUCUGAUCAACGGAAUCGUCUUAAUCAUGAAACUUUAGAAAACAUUCUCAUGGUUAAACUAAAUCCGCAAUUUUUGGACCAUGCUAUUGAUGAUAUGCCGUUGUUUCAACCUCCUGAAUGGGACUUAAAUUUAGAAGAAUAAUAACAUCAAAUUAAAAUUUUUAAUCAUAAUUGAUAACAAAGUUUUUAUGUUUUUUACCGGGCGUAGGUCGU